AACCAUCGCUUUUCACGACCUGGAGCUCACUGCGCCAUACAGCAAGAUGGGGGUGGAGGCGUUAUCGCAAGCCAAGGACUUGAAGACUAUCACUUGGCUUGUGAUGAGCAGCAGCGCUCAAGAGGGGCUGCCCGUCACGCAACCAGGCUCUUUCGAGGCCCUGCAGUCCUUGGACCUAGCUUUCAAGUUUCCCGAGUUCCCCGCACCUAAGCUGUCGCAAGCAAUCAUCGAGUCUUUCGACCAUCAGAGGUUGCGGCGGUUAUGCCUCCAGCAUAUCGGACGUAUCACGGCAGACGAGUUCUACGACCUACUCGUGGCCAUCAGCCGAAGCUGCAACCCACAUGCACUCCAGACGCUGGUCAUUCGCCGCAGGGAAGGCGAUCUCUUAUCCUGCGUCGACUGGCCGCUUUACUUGUCGCACCUCGUCCUGCUCGCCGAGUUCAAGCAGCUCCAGAUGCUCGUGCUCGACGUUGCGCGCGGCGUUAUCCUCGACCAGAAGGAGUGUCAGGCCGUCGCUAAAUGGUGGCCCAAGCUACGCACCCUGCGCCUGAGCUCCGUUUCCGACAAGGCGCGCCGCUCGCCGACGCCGCUGGCGUGCGUAGCAGUCUUCGCGGAGAAGUGCGCGGAUCUGGAGACGCUGGCGCUCGCAGUGGACACCCGAAGCAUCCAAUGGCCGUGGCAGCGUCCGGAGCCAGGGGAGCCGCUGCCGUCUCGGUCGUGGGUGACGACGCUAGACCUGGGCGACUCGACCAUCGACCCGUAUAGCGUGAACGAGGUGGUGGACUUCCUGGCGAGAACGCUUCCGUGCCUUCGCCGGAUCCUGCACUCCUCAAUCGACGAGCAGCAGUCGCAUGCGUGGGACGAGGUCGCGCGGAGGGUCCUAGAAUCAACUGCUCCAGACGAUGGUGAACCGGACCUCCGCCGGCUUUCUUCGCGGGAAACGAGCGUGGAGAGAUUAAGCAUCGCUGAAGGAAGCACACCGGCUCCGUCAACUUUGCAGCAGCCACUGCCUAUUACCGCAGCGCCAAAGGUGGAAACUGUCGAGCGCCAGACAUCUCGCAUUGACACCAGCCAGGCCUCACUCCCGAAGAAGCCGCACCCUAUCCCAGCGUCUCCCAAUGCGUCUCCCGAAGCAGCCAAUCUCGCCCAGCCACAGCGGGACCGCCAAGCCGAUGCUGCACCUUCCGCACCGACUGCACCACCUGAUCUUACCGCGCCCCUCGCUUCUGCAACUUACAUCGCAGAGCUCGAAAGCAAGAACCGUGUUCUCGAGCAACGCAAACGCGACCUCGAUCAGCGCUGCACUGACCUUGAGAAGCGUAGCGCUGACCUGGAGGCCAAACACGUUAUACUCGAGCGCAAACACACCAAGCUCGGGCGGAGAUACCAGACCAUGGACCAGCGCCUUAACCUCGAGAAUCGUGAGCUGCAAUUGCGCCACGUCGAACUUGCGAUGCAGAAGAAUGAAAUUGCCACGCAAAGGGAUGAGCUUGCAGAGCGGGCGGACGAACUCGGGAGACAGAACGACCAGCUCACGCUACAGAGGGAUGAGUUGGCGAGACAGAAGGAUCAACUCGCGCGAGCGCACGCGGAUGUAGAAGAGCAGACUGAGAAGCAGCAGAAGCGUAUUCUCAUGCUCGAGCGACAACGUGAGCCGCCAGCGCAGGCUCCCGCGCCACCAUCCCCUUCGGUAGACCCUGGCCUCGCGCGCAAGCUCAGCGUCAUGGAGCGAUUGAAGGACGAGCUCGCAGCGCAGAAGGACCAUCUCUCGCGAGCGCACGCCGCCCUCGAAGAGCAGUCCGAGGAGCAGCAGAAGAGGAUUCUUGAGCUCGAGCGGCGGCUAGAGGAACCUAUGCUCAUACCCGCGCCAACGUCCACCAGCAGCGGCGACUCUGGUCUCGCGCAGAAGCUCAGCGCCGCCAAACGGGAGAAGGACGAGCUGCAGGCGCGCUACAACGCGAUGCUCAAGCACACGCGCGAGGUCGUGGCCCGCAGCAAGGUCACGGAGCAGGAGAAGCGGCAGCUCGAGCAGGCCAACGGGGAGCAUAAGCGUCAGCUCGAGCAGCAGAAGGAGCAGAAGCGACAGCUCGAGCGGGCACACGAGCUGCAGAGGCGCGCCAUCGAGCAGUCGAACGAGCAGCUGAAGCAGCGCUGUGCUAAGCUCGAGCGCUGGCAGGGUGACAUGCAACGAGGCAUACAAGAUUUGGCGCGUCUGUCGGGUGGGCCGCCUCGCGGACUGUCUGGAUAAUUCUCGUGUACUUUUCAUCGUCUGCGGUCGAGCUUGUUUUCCAUCUUGUUGUUUGUAUCGUUGUAUCAUCCAACUGUUCUGAGUCCUCGAUGUGCAACUAAGUCGGCUGGAUUAUGGUAUUAUGAAGUCGGUCGGAAGUGUAUAUACUACUAGGAAUUGUCUCUCCGGUGCUAUACUAGUGAAAGUACUCGUUAUCGCCU